AUGAUGAACGGCCAGAGGAAAGCGCUGCCUCCGAGGCCGAGUCAGGAUUUGGGAUAUGGAGGUAUGCAGAAUGGCUACGGGAAAGAGAAUGUGGACCCUAGGAGUAUUGGCCCUCAGAAUGGGAGGAAACCAAGCACACAGGAACCCAGUGGAAGAGUGAUCCUGCAAGGUUACGGGAACGAGAUCUCGAAUAGCUUUGAGCGUACGCCUCGAUAUAAUCCUAGUAAUCCGUCCAGACCUCAAAGCUCAAAUCUUGUUAAUGUCGAUGAUCCGAUACAAAUACACCUACUUGUUGAGACUGCGCUGGGCGACAGCAAAGAGUUCGAAAUUUUGUCGCAAGAAGAGGUCGAUGACCUGAAGAAACAAUGCCAAGUCCUUACUCAACGGAUAGAACAGACAAGGCAAAAUCUCGCGAUUCAGUCAAAGUACCGAGAUGCUGCGAUAUCGAUGGGAAAGCUAUAUACCACGAAUGACAAGAAGAAGAGCAUAGAUAGUCAAGAUGGCAAGAAGGAUAGGAGGAGUAUUUUUGGCCAUAAUCGUGUGGGCAGUGACCAGGUCCGGGAGGCAGAACAAGAGCGCAUGGCCAGCGAGAGGAAAUGCGAGGAGUUGGCUGCCGAGCUGUGGUCCUUGGAGAAAAAGAUUAUAGAUCCGCAAAGCAGACUACUAAAGCACACGGCAGGCAUUCUACAAAUGACGCAUAAAGGUCCGAAGAAUCUACCCAAAGGUCAAAAUGGUGUACCACAGGUUCCAGGAAGUCCGGAGAGCAUGUUCACAUAUUCCAACGCACGGAAUAGUAUCGAACCUAUAACUGACGAACUAUUCUUCGAUGACCGAAGUCUCUACAAGCCCGCAGAUGGAUUCGGCGAUUUACGACUUAAUGACAGCUUUGCACCACCUCCCAAAUCUGCUGGGAGAGAGCAAAUGCAGAUGAUUGCUCGGACCGAGCAGAGACUGGACGAUUUGAAUACUCGUCUACGGGCAGUCAUCGUCAAGGUUAAUCCUGAACGAGAUGGGACUUAUGGAACUCCGCCAGUCUCCGGAACCGAUCGAGACGGAACAGGUGAAAUGCUGCAAAGACAUCUGGAAUAUCUUGAGAGGAGCAUUUCUACUAUCGACGAUGAGCAUACUCGAGCUUUGGCAAAGAGCACGCAAGAUUCAGAGAAGAAUGUUGGUAGGAAGUUUCAAGAAUCACAAGCAGCAAUGGAACAAAGACUUCAGGAAUCAGAAGCAGCUGCAGAGCGGAGACUGCAAGAGUCUGAAACGGCUAUGGAAGAGACUCUGGAAGGGCUAAACCAUGACCUACGAAAUCUCCUACUUCCGUACGAUGCCGAUCGUCCGGAACCUCCUCAGAUUAAUGGAAUGGUGGAUGACCAGUUGGCAUAUUUUCAAGACAGUUUAGCCGCUAUGGAGAUGGAGCUUUCUCGUGCUUCCAGCAGUGAGAACAAGAAUUCAGGCAACCAAGAUGACGUUGAGCAAAUGCAGACUGUUAUGAUGGGACUGUGGGAUAUCAUCCAAUCCGGCGAUGAGAUUGAGCGGCAGAGGAAGCUGGAGAGGAAGAAGGUCACGUAUAACCAGAAUCUUGACGAUGAGGACGAUUCUGCAGAUGAUGGCGGAGAUCCAAAUGAACCUUUCUCGCUCCAGGGCUUUUCUGCAAAGGUCCAAUGGCUUUACACUCAAGCUACUCGGUUGAAGGAUCAAAAGAAGGUGUUGCAACGCCAGAUUAAGCAGCAACGAGAGCUGAACAGCAAGUCCGAUGCCACGAAAGAUGCUGAGAUGAUGCAGAAAGUAGAAGAGCUCGAACGGACCCAAAAUCUCUUGACCAGAACCGAAAUGGACGCCGACAGAGUCAGAGAACAACUCACUCUUGUGAUGGAGAAGCUCGAUGAGUCAAAACAGCAAGAACAAUUACGAGAGCAAUCUAGAGCUACUGAUGAGUCCUCCCAAGUCCGCGCGGCUCACGCCGAGUUGGAUCAAAAGAACGAGAUGAUUGCUACUCUGGAGGAAGAAUUGCAGGAUCUGAAGGACGACCAAUCUAUCGGCAACGCAGAAUUGCAAGGCAGGAUUGCUGACUCUGAGACCAAGAUUGCUACCUUGACACAAGAACUGGCAGCUGCAGCGGCGGCGCAAGCAACUUUCGAAGCUAACGUCAAGGCCAAGGAGAAGGAAGUUGAGGACACGGAGCAAGAGAUGGAGAACAUGAACAUGGAGAUUGCUCGUCUACAAACUGAAGUCACCAUCGCCAGGGCGGAGUUAGAUGGAGCUUAUGGCUCUCGAGCUCAACGUGCUGCUGAAGUGGCUGCCAAUCCCGUCAUUCAGAAAGAAAUUGAUGAUCUCAAGGAGAAGAACGCUUCCCUGGCCAAUGAACUCGCCACGCUCCAGUCAAGGGGAACUGCAAAUCCAGAAACGGACGAGAAGAUGAAGACCCUGAAAAAGGAACUUGAGGAAACCAUCGAGGAAUACGAGCAAAUGACCAAAGCUAGUAUUGAAUGGGAGAAGGAGAGAGAACAGCUUGAGGGCACCAUCGAUAAGUUGAGAGAUGAGAGGGAGAAGAUGGAAGCUGAGUUGAGUGACGAGAAAGUUCGGUGGUUAGGAAUGAAGAGUCCUGGUCUUGACGGAAGUGCUCCUGGCUCAACAAGUACGACAGUGUUGAAGAAUGAGUUCAAGAAGAUGAUGAGGGACACAAGGGCCGAGAGUGCGAAGGCUUUGAGGGCUGAACAAGCUGAGAGGAGAAGAUUGGAGGAUGAGCUAAGAGCACUGAAGAGAGCUCAAGGACCGGGCAAAUCGAGCCUGAGUCAGAGUGUCGGUGCUUAG